AGUCCAAAAAAAAACUCGAACCUUCUCUCCCCUCCCCUCCUCUUCUCCCGCAAGAACACGAGCGCGAACGGGAGCGCAGCCGCCGGUUUGACCCGCCCGCGAGCUUAUAUAACCUGUUUCUCCAGGAACGGCUUGUCGCACAAGCCGCUGAUUUGUUUUCCCGCGCCGGCCGCCUCCGUCCGCUGGCCAGUCGCAGAUUCCCGCGAGCGAAAGCGAGGACCGGCGCUUCUUUCCCUGUCCUUCUUUCUCUUGUGCUCUCCGUCCGCUGGCAAAGAGUAGCUUGGGAAAUCGCCUCCUUUCUUGAUUCUUGCGGAGGCGUGGUUCCCGUUCGUUCUUGGCGGCGUCGCCGGCCGUGGAUGUGAGGGAGGCGCGGCGGCCGACCGCCGGCAACGGUCGAUGGACACGGUGAAGGCGUGGGUGGCGGCCAACUACGCGAAGCCCAUGGCCUCGAUGCAGCACUCGCUGCAAGUCGCGUACGUGGUCUUCUCCUUCUGUGCCGCCUUCUUCCUCGGCGGCAUCAAAGCGAUGGUGGUCGGCCCCAUUGCCGCGGCGCUGAUGAUACUGGGCAACGUCGGCGUCAUACUCGUGCUCUUCCCGGCGCACGUCUGGUGGACAAUCUACUCGCUCGUCAAGACCGACCGCAUCAACGCGGGCCUGAAAUUAGCCGUGCUCAUCGCGCUGCCGGUGCUGUUCGGCCUCUGGCUCGGGCUCGGCAUCUUCGGCAGCGCGCUGGUGGCUCUCGGGUACGGCUUCUUCACGCCGUGGAUCUCCACCUUCGAGGCAUUCAGGCAGGAGAGCGAGGCCAAGAAGUUCGUGCAUGGCAUUGUGGAUGGAACGUGGGGCACCAUCAAGGGCAGCUGCACGGUGGUUAGGGACUUCGCCGAUAUGUGCUUCCACUCCUACCCCGUUUACCUGACGGAGUUGCGCGAGAGCUCCCAGAAUCGUGAGCCCCAUUCGAUAAGGUUACCCUUUGUUAGAAGGACCCCUUUACAAAGGUUGCUGGAUGUGCCUUCAUGUAUAGUUGUUGGCCUCCUGGGGUUAGUCGUGGACAUACCGCUUUACACAGUGAUCGCCCUGAUAAAGAGCCCCUAUAUGCUCUUCAAAGGGUGGCAGAGGUUGUUGCAUGAUCUUAUAAGCCGCGAAGGUCCAUUUCUUGAAACAGUUUGCGUGCCGAUUGCUGGCCUCGCUAUCCUUUUCUGGCCACUGGCGGUGGUUGGGAGCGUCCUGUUAGCUAUUGUCUCGAGCAUUUUCGUGGGGCUCUACGGAGCUGUCAUUGUCUACCAGGAGAAGUCGUUCCGAAGGGGAGUUUCGUAUGUGGUGACCAUGGUUGCGGAGUUUGAUGAGUACACUAAUGACUGGCUUUACCUCCGCGAAGGGACAAUUCUUCCAAAGCCUUCCUACCGAAAGAGAAAAUCAUCCAACUCUGCAGAGUACUCAGUCAGAACAAAUGUCUCUGUUAAAGGAGCUGAAUAUCCUACUGGUCCCAGUGAAGCACCAGCAAUGUUGGUUCCAAAUUUGGCUCCAGCAAGAUCAGUAAGAGAGGCUAUACAAGAAGUCAAAAUGGUCCAGAUAUGGGAAAAUAUUGUGAAGUCAUGCGAACAGCGGGGCAGGGAUCUUUUGAACUUAAAUGUUAUAACAACUGUUGAUCUAAGUGAGUGGUUAAGGGCAAAGGAAACUGACCAUGAAACUAUAAGCCUGGGUCUACCUUCUUACUCUUUGUUGUGCACUGUACUACAAUCAAUCAAGGCUGGUUCUGGAGGGCUGUUGCUGGGCAACGGUGUUGAGGUCAACCAACAUAACAGGCCUCAAGAUCGGUUGCUGGAUUGGUUCUUCCAUCCUGUGCUAGUGCUGAAGGAGCAAAUACAGGCGCUGAAUAUAACGGAGGAAGAAGUGGGAUUCUUGGAGAAGCUGACCCUUUUUAUAGGUAAUGCUGCAAGCGCUAAUGCGUGGGAUAAUGGCGCCCAAAUCCCCCAAGAUCCUUUGAGGACAGCACAAAUUCAGGCCAUCAGUAGAAGGAUGGUUGGAAUCGUGAGGAGUCUGUCGAAGUUCCCGACGUACAGGAGGAGAUUCAGGCACGUCGUGAAGCUGCUCAUCGCGUACUCCAUGGAGAGGGAAGGCUCAUGCAGAUCAUCUGCGUCAAGCCACUCAGUUUCUUUCUUCGAAAUCACACAGCUCGAAGUGUAAAUUAAGGCAUUUUAGAACCAGUAGCCCCAGUCCCUUCUGUUAUUUGUUCUUUUUCCUUGAGUAAAUAUUGCACACCGUUUUGUCA